ACUUAUUAAAAGAUGAUACAUCAGUGAGCUGACUGAGGACUGACAUCCAUAAAGACGAAAUGAUGUGGGUAAUUCUGUAUGUUUGUUUGUUCCUGUCUUGUAACUAUAUAUAUGUAGCUUUGAUGGCUACUUCAAGUACUUGUAAGCUACAGGGACACUUCACAUUGAAUGGGAUGUUCCAGGAUGGAGACCUUAUAAUAGGUGGUCUGUUUGAGAUUCAGACAUACCUCAAAGUAUUCCCUGAGCUGAGCUUCAGAACAGAGCCAAAACUACCACACUGUGAGCUCUUCUAUAUGUCAAGCUUCCAGCAGGCACUAACAAUGGUUUUUGCUAUCAGUGAGAUUAAUAACAAUCCUAACCUGCUGCCUAACAUCACGCUUGGUUACCAAAUCUAUGACAACUGUUUAAGGCUUGGAGUGGCAUUCCGUGGUGCUACAGCUCUGGUUAGUGGGACAGAAGAGACCAUCUCUGACCUCAACUGCAAAGGCCCACCACCGGUGAUUGGAAUCAUAGGUGAUCCAGGCUCUACUCAUUCCAUUGCAAUUUCCAGUGUCCUGGGGCUGUUUCGACUCCCUAUGAUUAGCUACUAUGCCACCUGCUCUUGUUUGAGUGACAGAAAAAAGUACCCCUCUUUCUUCAGAACAAUCCCCAGUGAUGCCUUCCAAGUUCGGGCUAUGGUUCAGAUCUUGAAGCAUUUUGGAUGGACCUGGGUUGGUCUCAUCUACAGUGAUAAUGACUAUGGCAUCAAUGCUGCUCAGUCAUUCCAUCGGGAAAUGCAACAAUUUGGAUAUUGUGUUGCUUUUUCUGAAAUCUUGCCCAACAAUAACAACCCCAUAGAUAUUCAGCGCAUAAUGGGAAUGAUUCAGUCCUCUACAGCUAGAGUGGUGGUUGUUUUUUCUCCUUCAUCCUUACUGAUACCUUUGAUGAAUGAGGUGGUGUUGCAGAACAUAACAGGCAGGCAGUGGAUUGCAAGUGAAGCUUGGGUCACUUCACCUGUAUUUCGCACACCACGUUUCCAGCCAUUCCUGGGGGGCACAAUGGGUAUUGCUAUCAGGCGUGGAGAGAUCGAGGGGCUUCAUGACUUUCUGUUAUGUAUUCAUCCCAACAAUGAUCAAAGAAAUGAUAUAGUGAGAAUCUUCUGGGAGAACAUAUUUGGGUGCAGCUUUGAAAAUAAGGGUAAAGGAACUGACGGAGAGCAAAUCAAAAAGCUGUGUACAGGACAGGAGGAUCUGAGCACAACAAACACACCAUUCACUGAUGUUUCAGGAUUAAGGGCAUCGUAUAAUGUAUAUAAGGCAGUUUAUGCCCUGGCACAUGCACUUCAUGAUCUGAUGCAGUGUGAGGAGGGAAGAGGACCAUUCAGUGAGAACAGAUGUGGUGACAUAACCAACCUGAGGCCAUGGCAGCUGGUUCACUACCUACAGAAAGUGAACUUCACAACAGGCUUUGGUGAUCAUGUGUCAUUUGAUAAAAAUGGAGAUGCUCUGGCCAUCUAUGAUGUGUUGAACUGGCAGCCAAGUGCUGAUGGAUCAAUAAAGCUCCACAAUGUUGGUGUACUAAAUGAAGGUGCGGAAAAAGGGAUGCCCCCACAGUCAGUAUGCAGUAAGAGUUGCCCCCCAGGAACCAGACAAGCCACAAGAAAGGGCCUUCCUCUCUGCUGUUUUGACUGCUUGCCAUGUGGAGAUGGAGAGAUUUCUAAUACAACAGAUUCUAUUGAGUGCACAACAUGUCCAGAUGAGUUUUGGUCCAAUCCAGAUAAGGAUCAGUGUGUCCCCAAAGAAAUAGAGUUUCUAUCCUAUGAGGAUUCUCUGGGCAUCUCUCUCACCACUGCAUCCCUGCUUGGCACCUUCAUCUGUGCUCUUGUGAUGAUCAUCUUUGCUCAUCACCGUAACACACCCAUAGUACGAGCCAACAAUUCAGAGCUUAGCUUUCUGCUGCUGUUGUCACUCAAACUAUGUUUCCUGUGUGUGCUACUGUUUAUUGGCCAGCCACAGUUGUGGACAUGUCAGUUAAGACAUGCUGUGUUUGGUAUAAGCUUUGUCCUGUGCAUCUCCAGCAUCCUGGUCAAAACUAUGGUGGUAAUAGCCGUAUUCAAGUCAUCACGACCAGAGGGUAAAGGAGCAAUGAAAUGGUUUGGAGCAGCUCAACAAAGAUGCACAGUUUUGGUCCUAACAGCCCUCCAGGUUGUGAACUGUGCAGUCUGGCUAUCAACUGCCUCUCCAACACCCCAUAAAAACAACCAGAAUACUCACUCUAAAAUAGUUUAUGAAUGUGCCAUUGGCUCAGUGGCCGGUUUUUCUAUGCUGCUGGGAUAUAUUGGACUGUUGGCAGCAGUAAGCUUGCUGUUAGCCUUCCUUUCAAGAAAUCUUCCAGAUAAUUUUAAUGAAGCCAAGUUCAUCACUUUUAGCAUGUUAAUCUUCUGUGCUGUAUGGAUUGCAUUUGUUCCAGCAUAUGUGAGUUCACCAGGGAAAUAUGCAGUUGCUGUUGAAAUAUUUGCCAUCCUUGCUUCAAGUUUUGGAUUACUGAUGGCCAUAUUUGCCCCAAAGUGCUACAUCAUCCUUUUACAUCCAGAGAAAAACACUAAAAAAGCCAUCAUGAGAAGAGAAGUACAAAAUAAAUAGUUUUACAAUAUAGUGGUCAACCAU